GUUAAGAAAUGGCAACAAAUUCAAGAUGAGUUAUGAUGGUAAAAUUCCAUACAAGUCUGGCUCCGUGUACAACGAACUUCGACUGACCGGUGGACUUAGCGAUGCGGUACUCAAGGUUCACAAUGUUGAGUUUCAUAUUCAUAAGAUUAUCCUAUGUAACUGCAGUCCAUACUUUGGGGCCCUCUUUCUACGAUGGUCCACCCCAAACCAGAGGGUCUACCUCAUACAAGGUGUUACACCUCACAUAAUGCAGCUUUUCAUUGAGUUUGCAUACACCAACUUCGUGUUGGUGACAGAGGACAACGUCAAGGACUUGUUGAUCGCUGCCGACAAAUUCAACAUGACGGCCAUCAUCCAAUCCUGCUGCGUGUUCCUGGCAGAGCAGCUUUGUCCGGAGAACUGCAUCGGCAUCUGGCAGUUCAGCAAAAACUGCCACACACCGGAGCUGCAGAUCAGCGCCUACCAGUACAUUCUUUACCACUUUGAGGACGUCGCAGCCUCAGAGGAGUUGCCGCAAUUCACCAUGCAGGAGUUCUGCGAAAUUCUGGACAGAGACGACCUGAUUGUGAAGAAGGAGAACACGGUUUACGAGGCCAUCCUGCACUGGAUUGCACAUGCGCCGAGGGAGCGAGGCAGAAACUUGGCAGUGCUCCUGGCGAAAGUCCGUCUCGCUCUGACCAGUGAGGAGUUCAUCACCAUCAAUGUGUUGUCCAAUCAGCUGGUGCAGAGCAACAACAAGUGCCUGGACAUGGUUGCCUUCGCCACUCGAGUGAUCCAUCACAUGGUGGCAAACUCAGUGUCUGCGUACUGCAACCUGGUGGCCCGUCCUCGCUUGCCUUCCGCCAUUCUUCUGGCAAUCGGAGGCUGGAGCGGUGCCAACCCGACACAGUGCAUUGAGGCGUACGACGUGCAUGCUAACUGCUGGGUCAGCUUUAUCGAGGAGAUGGAACAACCGCGGGCGUACUGUGGUGCUGCCUUUCUCAACGACGCUGUCUACUGCCUCGGUGGAUUUGACGGCGCAGAACACUACAACACCGUCAGCCGCUUUGACCUGAACGCACGCACCUGGCAGGAAGUGGCACCCAUGCACUCCCGUCGAUGCUACGUGAGCGUCACGGUGCUAAACGGGUGCAUCUAUGCACUAGGAGGCUACGAUGGGCGCGUGAGACUAAAGACGGCUGAGUUCUACAUGCCUGAGACCAACCAGUGGACUCUUAUCGCCAGCAUGCAUGAACUGAGGAGCGAUGCCAGCUGCACCACCCUCAAUGACAAGAUAUAUAUUUGCGGUGGUUUUAAUGGAAACGAGCCCUUGCAAACGGCAGAAUACUAUAGCCCUGACACUAACGAGUGGACCAUGAUGACGCCGAUGAGCAGCCGUCGCAGUGGCAUCGGAGUCAUUGGGUUCGCAGACCACGUUUAUGCAGUUGGUGGCUACGAUGGUCAAACACGUCUGACUAGUGCCGAGGCUUACAACCCGCAGACCAACAACUGGAUCAUUUUGGCCCCCAUGGACUGUCCCCGGAGCAACUUUGGCAUCGAGGUCAUCGAGGACCGCCUCUUUGUGGCCGGGGGUUUCAAUGGAGUCUCCACCACCAAGCUGGUAGAAUGCUACGACCUCACCACGGGUCUGUGGUCUCCGGCCUGUGACAUGCUGAUCUCACGAAGUGCAUUGACUUGCUGUGUGAUGUCGGGAUUCUACAACAUGGCGCACUAUGCCAUGCUGCGGAAUGAUCUACCGCUGCUAUUUCUUGAGGAUGACAUCGACACGGAGGACGACGUCUAG